AUGUCGAAAGCUCAAGACGCGAUGCGACCACGUCUGGCCCACAUGCGGGCGCUAGCCACCUCGACCUCAUCGCCCGAAGCCACCGGUCGCGAUGCACUGUCUACCCAGCCAGUGAUUGUCCAGACUCCCUCUCUGGAGAGUACUGGAUUCUUGGGCCCCACCAGCUAUCGGUAUCUCCUCCGGGAGGGUCACGCCACUACCGAGCUAUCGCCCGAACUGGGCAAACACACUAUCGAACCGGGACAGCUGGAGCUGGGCUCUCGCAUCCUGGAAUUCUUCUGUCGAGAGUCUCAUCUAAUCAAAAACCUAACAGAGCAUCUCUAUGGCUUAAGCCGUAUGCCCAUUAUUCCACGGACGGUCAUGCUUCCUGCUCUCGACCACCUCUGGGACAUUUGCGACCAGCAGUUCAUUGGCGACGAUGCGGCCCGCCUGCGCAUGGUGGUUCGGAUCUUCGAAAAUACUUACAAGCCUAUCAGCACUUCCAAUAACAUGAGAGCACCGGAGCUCUGGCAAGCAGUCACCGGGGUCAAUCUUCGAUGGGAGUUGAUUGGCGCCGUCAUCACGCUUGCGAGUCUGACCAUGAUCCACAUCCCCGAGCAUGCGGUGACUCUGAUCGACACGCAGCACCGCGGGAAGAAUGAGCUCCUGUCCCAGGCCUUGGAAAUUACCGAUCAUUUGUCGCCGUUGCUCGACGCCUUGCCACUCGUGAACGAGCUCCUCGUCUCACUGAAGUAUUAUCAGAUGCUGCUGGCGGUCACCCGGUUUGGUGAUUCCAGUCGCAGGCUAUAUUCCUCUCUAGGCGAACUAUGUUCCUGCAUUUACGCCACCGGUAUACAUCGCAACGAUGUGCCCCGAGAGCAGUCGCCGGUCUUUGUCCACCAAUGGCGCCGAACAUGUCUUGCCGUGGUUUACACUAUGGAUAAAACCAUUGCCACCGCUUUGGGCCGACCACCCAUGAUGACCCGACAUUACUGCAGCCUAGAGCCUCCGUUGGACCUGGACGAAGAUCCUGACCCGGCGGAGCACGAGUCUAACCUGCGAUCGAUCGAUGAACAUGGGUGGAAUGUGGAUAGGAGACCUCGGCCCGCGACAACGAUACGGCUGCGACUUAUGCUUGCCAAGAUCCGCGAGGAAGUCUUGGAGCUGUAUCUGGGGGUCAAUAAUGCCGAUCUUGUGAGACGCGCAGAGGAGGUAUUUCAGAGGCUUGCGGUCAUGUGGGAUUCGUGUCCGAGCCAUAUGAAGUACUCUGCUGCCAUGUGGAACACGCCGGCUCUGAUGCCCACUCACCAGCUUCUGGUCCUGCUCACCCUCAAUCUCGAUUACCUGCAUUCAAAGUUCCUGUUACACCGGCUGAUCUCGGGAGACCGGUCUACGGAGGUUUUCGCGGUGGCACAGAAUAUUUUGACCACCAUACUGGUGAUCAAUGAUGAGCGCGAGCGACUGCGAGAGCUGCGCAACGACUUCACCCAUAUCUUUCUUCAGUAUGGUCUUCCCAGCGUACAGCUUAUCUGCACGGAGCUACUGCACCGCUCUUCAGCCUCAGUCAAUGCGGCCCCAGGCUUCUCGCGCGCACAAUUGAUCCGGGAACUGACGGUGUAUGUCUCCUGUCUCAGCUGGGUGGCCCGACCGGGAAGUGGGAACUACGAAUUUUGCAAGCAGGUCAAGGCCAGGUUCACACGGAUUCUGGAUGAAAUCAUCGAUCCCAGUCAUGGCACAUCAAGGCCGCCGAUGGCGCCGAGCGAGACGGCGAGCUCACUUGCGGGCGCAUCUGAUGCUCUCAACUCACUCGAUCCCGUCCACAGCUUCAAUACCUUGCUGGACUGGGACAUUGAUAGUCUCUGGGAUCCACGGCUGGACAUAUUUUGUGGAUCUGUGUUCUGA